ACCGUCCACCGCGCCUACGUACCGGCCGCUGCCUCCUCCUCAAGUUAAUUAGGGUCCUCGAUCGAGCGGGCCGGCGCUCGACGGCGACGAGCGAGGUUGAUCGGCCGGCGAGCGAGAUGGAGGAGGGGUUUUUAGCACAAGUUCAUUUGCUAGAUGAUGCCUGGUGGUCCCAGUUCUACGAUCCGACGUACAUGGACAUGCUCGAUCGACAAUCUCGGUAUCAGGAACCACCCCAUGAGGAUGUGGAGGAAGAUGCCCUAGCCUUGGCAUUGGCCCCCUAUCUUGAUCCUCACUAUGGCGACCGUCACCGUGGUCGUGAUCGUCACCAUCAUCAUCACCGGUCGCCGCCGAUCUCGUUCCAACAACCGCGAUCCCGUCCGCGAUCACCAUCUCCAUCUCCAGACGCUACUACUCGCAGCAACAAGCGUGCUUGCAUCCCCGCCUCCGACAAGGCCAUCCUGGGACUCAAGGAGGUGGUGCUCACCACCACGGACGUCGGCGACGACUGUGCCAUCUGCCUCAAGGCUUUGGACGAUCGUCCUCCGGAUCAGGAGGAGGAGGAGGACACGGCAGCACCAGCAGCAGCUGAUGCAGAGACGACGACGACGGCGGCGACAUCGGCGCUCCGGGCCAUGCCCUGCUCUCACAUCUUCCACCAGCACUGCAUCUUCCAGUGGCUCCGUCGCAACGCUGUCUGUCCUCUUUGUCGCCACCAGCUACCCACCAUUGACGACGACGACGACGACGAUGAUGAUGAUGAGGCCGAUGAUGAGAGAGGCGCCAGGCCCAUGAUGCCCCAAUCCCCGAUCUCCACCCGAACAGAAGCAGCGCCGCCGCCGUCUUCAACCUCAGCUCCUCGGCUGCUCGGCCUCGCUCGUCGCGUCCUCUCGAGACGCCAGCUCCGGAGUGGGGAACGGGUGCUCGGCCACAGGGACCUAGGGCGGCCGCCCUAG